AUGACAUAUGAACAAUCAUUAGUUAAAUUACCAGAAUUCGUUCAAAUUAUUGCUGAUCCAUUAAAAAGGCAAGCAAGAUAUGCAGCUAAAAUAACAAUUUGUUUAGUUUGUGGUGAUAAAGCACGAAUUAUUAAUUAUGGUGCACUUUCUUGUGCAUCUUGUAAAACAUUUUUUCGUCGUCAUGGUUUUCAUAUUGAAGAAGUUCAUCCAUGUCGAUUCAAUGGAAAUUGUGAAAUAACAAUACAAACUCGACGAGUUUGUUCUGCUUGUCGACUUGCUAAAUGUCUUACAAUUGGUAUGAGUCGUGAUCUUAUUCGUAAAGAUUUAAGUGAAAAAAAUUUACUUUCAACAAUGAAACUUCAAAAUCAACAAAACAUCAUACAACAAACAAGAAUGUCUUCAUUUCCUCUGCAUACAUUGGAUUUACUAAACAAAGAUCGAUCAAAUUUAACUACAACAGAUUGGACAUUAUUUUCUAAUAUAAUACAUGCCUAUGAUAUAUUCAGUCCAGUAAUAUCUAUACAGAAUGAAAUUGAACGUCAAUCAAAAUUACCACUUAAAAUACGUGUAAAACAUGCACAAGAAUUAAUACCAAAUUUACUUAUUUCAUUUUAUACAUCAUUACAAUCUUAUAUAAAAUGUACAAAUGAAUUUCGAAUAUUUACUAUUGCUGAACAACAAUGUAUUUAUCAACGUAAUUUUCAUAGUACUUCUAGUUUAAUGGGUCAACUUAUUUUACGUGAAUCAGGUAUUUUUGAAAAUAUAACAUAUUUAUCUGCUUUUGCUUCUUUAUAUGAUAUUGAAAUACUUACACGAGCAGCAUCUGUUAUAAAACGUCUUGAUUAUGAUUCAAUACUUGUAAGAGUUUUUCUUGUUAUUAUUUCAUUUUCUUCAAAUUGUUUUAUGAUUCAUAAUUCGAUAAAUAUUUAUGAAGAUUAUAUAUUAAGAAAAACUAAACAAUUAUUCUUCUAUCAAAAUCAAUAUGCUGAACUUCUUUGGAAAUAUAUGAUAUUUCGUUAUGGUUAUAAAGAAGCUGUAUUUCGUUUUGCUGGACUUAUUAAACAAAUAAUUGAUAUAAUUCCAUUAACAGUUGAUGCUUAUGUACAAAAUAUAACACUUCAUCAAAAUGUAGUAAAUAAACUUAGUGAAUAA